AUGAAGACUCUUGUUCCGAUAGCCCUAAUAGUUGCUUUAAUUGUGUCUCUAACACAAGCCUCAAAUGUACAUGAAGACCAAAGAAAAUCAGUUGACCAGGUACAGGACAAGGAUGAGGCGAGUUAUGCAAGCGAGUCCGAGAGAACUGAAGACGACCGGAGCAAAGACGACGCUCCUGACGAUGUUGAUGAUGACGAAGAAGACGAAGAAGACGAAGAAAACGAAGGCGAUACGCAGGAUGAAGGCGCUGGUGAUGAGGAAGAUUUUGAUGAUGAAGAAGAUCUCGAAAGGUAAUUUGACUUUGUAGGUUUUCUCCGAUGAUAAAACUCAGGUGUAGGGAGCGGCCAGGUGCUAGUUAAAAUUGACGGUCGACGGCGGGAAAAUAUUCUGACUGACAUGAUCCUUGGGUCAAUUAAUAAAAGUUUUGCAAGUGUAAAUUACAAGCGUGCCCAUUGUUUUAGUGUCUGAAAGCAAUAGCUACACUUGUUAAUUAAACUUGCAAAUCUUUUAUUAAAUUUACCCCUGAUAACUGAGCUAGAACUGGGCGAGCAUCUCACUCGUCUGCGUGGGAAACAUCAAAUUUAACAACGACCCUGCGACUAUCACUACGUUAUGUGACAUGGCAGAUUCAUAGGCUCGUUUUAACUUUGUGUCCUCUGAUGUGAAGCAUGCAGAAUUCACCGAGAUAAAGCUAGAACUUUUCAGCGAGCUGUUUACAUCCUGACAGGUAACACACCCUCCUUCACAACUCGGUGAGGGGCUGGCUUUUUCAUGCCAGCGUGUUCCAUAUUUUUGAUAAAAAGUGGCCAGAAAUUAAACUUAUGUACCCCCAAUAAUUACUUCGUAUACUAGGAGCGCCCAAAAAGGAAUUUUCCUGGCGAAAAUCGCGAAGACAAAACCAUCACUGAGUAAGCUGCAAAUACAUUUACAUCUUGCCACUCCCAGCGGAGUACUUAAGUAAUUUAUAAGUUUGAACAAGCGCACAGCACCUACUUUUACUUUGAGUUUUUGGACUUAAAUCUCUGGUGAAAUCAUUGAAAUGAGCCUUUUCAAAUAGGUACUAUUUUUUUUUACCUAAGUAACCAAAAUUCGACAUUUGUAACACCUCUUCGUCUUGUUUGUACAAGAUUGUUUGUGCAAUAUUUGGAGUGAAAAGGCUGGAAACAUAAUCAAUAAGGUAUCGAUUGAAUCCAUAAAAUUUUAAAGUUUAAGCAUAUGACAUUCGAUGAAAAUUUCAUAAACUGCUCGCUCACUUUUUUCUUUGAAACAUCCUAAAAAAUUCUCAUGUUCGCGCUUUCUUGAUUCCACGGACCCGACUAUCUCGGAGCCUGGAACAGGCUAGGCUAGGAGGGCAACACUACCAUCGAUAAAGGGUGACCCAACCAGCUGGGUCACCCUUCCAGGUAAGCAGCCGAAUUUGGUUAAGUUUUCUGUGUAAGAAGUGUAGGGAAAUUUGGUUCGCCCAUGGGAGCUCGGGUAUAGAUGAGCGAUCGACCCUUACCUGGGUCUUGCCUAGUCCCUGUACGGCGUCUUCCUAGGCCUUCUUGGUCAAUGCACUUCGGUGACGUAUCCGAGACAAACGGCUCGGACCAGGUGGUCCAUACGCAUCGGCCGCGCGCAAUAAUGAGGCCUAGGGACCAGGCAAACUCGGGUCAAGAUUUCUGCACAUAGGAGAAAUUCUAUUUAACUCACGUUACAAAAAACCAUUUCAGACGCUGAUUAAGGCAACAGUGAUGUCUCUACACGAGUGGCGUGUUACUGUAAUAGUCAUUUUUUUGCUUUCUUUUUUUUCAUUUUCAGGGAAAUGGGCCGACAACAGGAUCCGAGGUUUUUUACGGGCCCAAAACCACGUGUAAGACUUCCGAAAAGACCUCUAAAGAGGUGGCGUCAGCGGUUAAGCUGGGGAAAGAAGUGAUUUGUCAACUGUCAUUUACUGAGGAGGAAGACAAGGCAGUGUUAAACACAACGAGAAGCUUGAUAAAAAUGCCGGAAUAUAUCAAGGAUCUCAAAUUAUUUUAA